ACCUUAUAUAUUAUUCUUAGAAUAUAUAUUGAUAAGUUUGUAAAUUUAUGGCUAUAAUUAUACAGACUGUGUUGGAUGCUGGUGCAAAACACAUAGUUGUACAAGGUUUACCACCCGUUGGUUGCUUUCCUGUCAGCAUAUCUUUAACCCCACCUCAACUACUUGACAAGAUGGGAUGUUCAAUCAUUGUAAACACAGCAAUAGAAGUCCACAACAGGCUACUCCAAAAGAUGAUAGAAAAGUUUCGCAAGCAAUACCCACAAAGCACAAUUGUAUAUGCAAAUUAUUGGAAGGCGUUUUUGACCAUAUUCAUGGAUGCUGAAAAGUACAACUUUGAGGAGAACAGAAAAGCAUGUUGUGGAGGUGGAGGGGAUUUGAACUUUGAUAAGGACAAGUUGUGUGGCACAUCUGGUGCAUCAACAUGCCCAAAUCCAGAUAAAUACAUUAGUUGGGAUGGCAUUCACCUUUCGGGAGCCAUGAACAAGCAACUGGCUGAUCUUUUGCUCAACCAGGACUAUUGUGAACCACCAUUUUCUGAACUUAUUAGUAAGAAAAGUAGAUGAAUGAAUGUAAAUUAAGUUAUACUACAGUAUUAAUUCUGCUAUUACUGCCCCGGAUGAGUGUCAUCCAGAGAGCGAGAGAAUAUAUAGUGGAACACCCU